UAAAAAAAAAAAAAAAAAAAAAAACGAAAAAGGAUACCAGUAAAUUAGGUAAAGGUGUCUUUUUUCUUUUUUCACCUUUGUAAUAUACCCCCAAUGACCUGAAAGUGAAAGUGUACAGUUUAUGAGGCGUUAUCUGAGAUUUCUGAGAAUCUUUUAUAAUGCUGUAAACUGAGUUUAACCUUUGCUCGAAGGACCGAGCCACUGUCAUACUUUGCAGGAGAAAAUAUUCUACUUCGGUAAAGGCUGUAAAGCAGAGUUGUUUGGGAGUAUGCAGGAUUAUGAAGAUGCCACAGCAUUCCUGGGUAAGUGGGGACAUUUCCAGCAGAAUGUCUUCUUCCUACUCUGUGCCAGCAUCUUGCCAAAUGGAUUUGGUGCUUUUGCGCUUGUCUACCUCAUGGAUAUUCCUGCUCACCACUGCUUGGUUCCCGAGGUUAACUUGACCCAAGAUUGGCACAAAGCUAUCAUCCCAAUAGAGGUGGUGAAUGGGGAACAGGAGCUGAGCAGAUGCAGCAGAUACAGGCUGGAUGUGGUCAGAAAUCUUUCUGCUCAGGGAUACGUUCCUGGCAGAGACGUUAACCUCACCGACCUGGAGCAGGAGAGCUGUGUGGACGGGUGGAGCUACAGUAAAGACAUCUACCAGUCUACUAUAGUCUCUGAGUUCAACCUGGUGUGCAGUGACCGAUGGAAGCAGCCAUUGACGUCCACCGUUUACUUCCUGGGAGUUUUAACUGGAUCCUUCAUUUCAGGGCAGCUCUCAGACAGAUUUGGCAGAAAGCCUAUUCUUCUCGCCACCAUCGCAAUUCAAACAAUAUUUACGUUUGCUGAAAUCUUCUCACCUUCUUGGACAGUGCUCUGCAUCCUCCUUUUCCUCAGCGGUUUGGGACAAAUCUCCAACUACGUGUCUGGUUUUGUGCUUGGCACUGAAAUCUUGACUGGCAAUGUGCGGGUCAUCUUCUCAUCUAUGGGUAUUUGUCUGGCUUUUGCCAUUGGCUACAUGAUGCUGCCUCUCUUUGCUUACUUUUUAAGGGACUGGAAAUAUCUACUGGUGGCUUUGUCUGUGCCUGGUCUACUCUAUGUACCCCUUUGGUGGUUGCUCCCAGAGUCUCCUCGGUGGCUGCUCUCUCAGGGAAGACAGGACGAGGCUGAAGCCAUAUUGAGAAAAGCUGCGAAGAAGAACAAAGUCCAGGCUCCAUCCGUUAUCUUCAGUGAUUACAAUGUAUAUGCUGAUAAGUCUCAAGCCAAGGAGCAUCACAGUAUCUUCACUUUACUGAGGACCAGUAACAUCAGAAACACAACUGUCAUUCUAUGUCUUUUGUGGUUCAACCUAAGUACUGGCUACUUCGGCCUCUCCCUCAACACAUCCCGACUCCAUGCAGACCCCUACAUCAGCUGCUUCCUCUCAGCAGCCGUAGAGGUGCCAGCGUACAUUUCCAGCUGGCUGGCUCUGCGAUACGUUCCACGAAGGCUGUCUUUCAUCUGUAUCACAUUAUUUGGAGGGGUGUCACUGUAUUUCAUUCAACUUGUGCCUCGAGCCUUAUCAGGUCUGUCUGUUGCUCUGGAGAUGCUGGGUAAGUUUGCUUUUACCACUGGUACAGCGCUGGUCUUUGCUUACACUGCAGAGCUUUACCCAACAACGCUCCGCAACACUGCGACUGGGACGUGUACGACUAUGUCCAGGGGGGGAAGCUGCAUUGCACCUUUUUUGUUUGAACUGGGAGUGUACUUUAAGUACCUGCCUUAUAUUAUUCUGGGGACUCUGUCCAUGGUGUCAGCGUUCGCCACGCUCUUCCUCCCAGAAAGCUUUGGUCGGCCUCUGCCUCAAACUAUUCAAGAGAUGCAAAAGAGAGAAAGUUCAAAGUGUCUAUUUAGACCUAGAAAGGAACGUACGACAUGUGUGGUGCCCAGCGAAACUUCACUCUGACUGUGUUAAGUGUUACACACAUAAUGAAGACGUUAAUGUUCUUAUUUGUUUACGUGUUCUGCUUAUACUUGUGAUUCUGGAAUAAAUCAACUCACCCUUUUCCUGAGUGCUGUAAAAAAUGUGUAUACAAAUAUCUCAUACUUUUCAAUAAAGGCUAAUCCAAUAAAACUCAUGUGAAACCAUGAAAAA